UGGUUUUUUUUAAACUAAUUUCGAGCAGACGAUGAGCUUUGCUUUUAGAUUGGGUUCUUCAAUCGGGUGUUUUCCUCGUACGAUCUUAGGUCGUAACAUAAUUCAAAGGAAAAGUCAUGUGGUAUCUUACCGUAAUGGCCCCCCUCCCCAUUCAAAGGCAACUAAAAUUGGUGCUGUAACUGUUGGUGGAGCUAUGUGGUGGUGGGUAAUCUGGCACUUAUGGCAUGAACCUGACCACAUAACGGGGGAAUUCGAUUAUCCUAACUCAAGGAAAUGGAGCAACACAGAGUUGGGUGUUUCAAAGGAUGAUUUUAAACAUAUGUUCAAGCUUACUCCAUAAAUGUUGAUUAAAAUGCGAUAUGUAGCCAUGUAGUUAUA